AUGAGCUAUAAAUCUGUUCACCGGGACUUUUUGGCCAGUCUAGAAGAAGACAGUAAAUUACGUGCCCUCAAAUAUGAUGCGUUCCGCAAGUUAUGGCAUCAACUAACUCCUUACAUUCAAAUCAUGAGCCCCCGAACUGAUUUAUGCGAUACCUGUCAGCAGUUGCGGAAUGACUUGCAAUUUAAAGUUCGUAAAGAGGAAGAGGCUCAAGAUCUAUUGAAGAAAUAUAAAGAACAUCUAACCAAGGCCAAGUUAGAGCGAAACUACUAUAAUAAAAAUACCAAGUUGGCGGAAGAACAUAGAAAGCUCGUCGACCAAAAUUAUUCGCUGAUCGGCAAAGUGUUUUACCUUAGUGCUCGGAAGGUGCAUUUGUUUGGUAUCCAAGAUGAAGCAGUACGCGAGCAAAUUAAUUACGUUCUUGAUGAAGACGAAAUUAUUGGCAAGGGUCCUAAUGGUACGCUGAGCAUGGUAUUUGAUGGAAUUAAACGAUUGAAUAAAGUAAUUUGCGGCUAUUAUGAAAGCAUCGAAUUAAAUUUUAUGGUACCAGGACAUACUAAAUUCAAAUGUGAUGGUAGUUUCGGACUGAUUAAAAAGCUCUAUAGAAAGACAACAGUAGAUUAUGUGGAUCAUAUUGUUAAGGUUGUGAAAAAUUCGAGCACAGCAGGAUUAAACAAGGCUCAGUGCUACGAAAAUGGAAAAGGUUUUCAAUAUUUAGAUCUUAAUUCUGUGUUGGGAAUUUUCUUUAAAAAAUUGAGUGGGUUACAAAAAUAUCAGCAUUUUGUAUUCGAAGCAGCUCGACCCGGAAUUGUCAAAACCCAGCUGGUUGCUAAUGUUCUAACUCCCUCUCCUUUGGAUUACAAAAGGCAAGAAUAUCUUUAUCAUAAUAUUCGCCUAUUUGUUAGAGAUGAAUUCAAGGAUAUUACUUGUCCCAAACCAAUCUAUCCUGAUAAUGAAGCUAAAGAAUACUCAAAAUAUCAUGAUGGUCCUCUUAAACCUGAAGAAAAGGUUAUCUUUGAUAGUGCCCUUUUAAAACCUAAUAAUUUAACUCCUGAUGGACGUGCUCUAUUUAAAUCUUUAUUAACAGAACAAAGAACUAACUCUGUUUCUUAUCAAUUGGUUAAUGAAAUUGAUUAUAAUAAACCAAUUGAUAAAGUUGUUAGUCAAUUUGAAGAUGUUUUAUUUUAUGAAUCUGACUAUAAAUAUUUACUUGGUAUUGAAUCAAGAAAAGCAGAAUUGGAAAUUUAUUUGGAUGAAAGGGCUAAAAAAGAAAAAGAAAUUGCUGGACUUAGGGCAAAGGUUACACCCAAUUUAGUGGAAAAAGAAGAAUAUUAUAAGACUUUAAUAAGCCAAAUU